CUGCCUCUACAAAUACAAAUCAAUGUCAAGGGUCUAAAACUAAACUGGAAGCGAGUAGAAGGAUUAAUGUGAAUCCGCUAUGUAUGCACUUUGUGCACCGUAAAAAUUUUCAAAGCUAACUUUUGCUUGUGAAAGUUGUGCCGAGAACUAGGGUUUUCCAGAAACUGAUCUUGUAGUGGGCAAACAUAUCGAAAAUAUAAUAUCCUGCCAAAAAUGUUCCAGAGCGGCAGUUUAACGAUAGGAGUCCUGUCCAGCCUGAUUGUCAUUGGAACCCAGUUCGGAAUUUCAAAGCUUAUUUGUGGACUUUUAGGGCUUGUCUGCAUUCUAAUUGUCAUCGGUGUACUGGAUUUCCUCCGUACACGGGACUGGUCAUUUACCCUUUGGGUUGCCGCCAAAAGAUAUGUGUUUUCUCGGGCGAUGCUGUUGAUCGGGAUAUUUUACGCUGAGCCCCACAUCCAGUGGGCAACCCGAAAUCCUCGAGAAUCACAAGAACGUAUUCUACGGUCAGCAAUAAAUUCUGGAGUUAAGACCAAAUACGGAAAGGAACACGGAUUAAAUCGAAUGAAGGACCGAGAAGACUUCCGAAAUCUGCAUCCGCUGACAAAAUACGUGCAUUAUGAACCUUACGUCGAGCGGAUGAUUAGCGGCGAAGCAGAUGUGCUUUCUACAAAAGCGGUUAAUUUUUAUGGAUUAACUUCCGGAACCACGGGAAAACCUAGUCGAAUUCCCUGCACCAGCGAUAUACUUGUACAAAUGAUGAUUUAUUAUAUGCCGUUUGUUAUUUACUCGUAUGCCUUCAAAUUCAAAGGAUUUCCUUUCCCUGGCGGACUCUGUCCUAAACGGCGGUUAGCCCUGCUCUUCAGUCCAGGAAAACUUCUUAAAACGACACCGUUGGGAAUCAAGAUGGGACCGGGAACCGCAAUGUAUCUGGAACAGGACGAAGUGUUUUCCUAUCCCAACUGCGCCAAGGAUAUUAUAGACGAGCGCACAGCCCGAUAUGUUUACCUGGUUUUUGGACUAAAAUAUCGAGAUCUUGAGGAAAUUGAAUCCAUGUUUUCAUCGAUUGCAUUCAUCGUAUUUCAUGAAAUGGAGUUGCACUGGAAAGAAUUAGUGGUCGACAUCCGCGAAGGGAAGCUGAAAAGUGACCUUCAGCUAUCUGUGGAAGAAAGAGCAGCACUACAGCAACAUUUGACGCCGGAUCCAAUUAGAGCUGCCGAACUGGAGAGAGAGUUUCAAAAAGGUUUUGACAAUAUUGUCGAGAGAGUGUGGCCAAAGCUAAAGCUGCUCCUGGGGGUCACAUCUGGACCAUUUGCACACUACAAAAUGUUGUUGCGCGAUAAGUACAUCAAAAAUGUUCCCAUAUUCCAGCAUAUGUACGGGUGCACUGAAGCCAUGCUGGGAAUAAGUUUGUGGCCAGAAAAAGAGUCCACUGUGCACUUGUUAUGGCCUUGCAAUGUGUUCUAUGAGUUCAUUCCAUUCGAGCAGAUAACCGAUGAAAACCCGGAAACUGUUUUUGCUGAUCAGGUUCAAAUCGGCCACGAAUAUGAACUGGUGAUAACAACGAAAAUCUUCUACCGUUAUCGCUUCGGCGAUUUGAUCCGGGUAGUGGAUCGUUACAAUAAAUUUCCGGUCAUUGAAAUCUUGACACGAACUGGUCAGCUGAUUAACAUGAAAGGCGAAAAGGUUUCCGAAACGGCCAUCUACACAGCGAUCAACAACAUGGCAGCCGUCCACAAUAAAGUAAAGAAAAUUGUGGACUAUACAUCGUGCGAAAGCAUGUUUAUGGAAUACGUUCUCGAGACAACAGCCCAAGAUUCAGCGUUUUAUGUCAUAUUCAUCGAAGCUGAUUUAUCGUUGGAAAACACAAGCCGCUCUGAAAUGGAGACAAUUUGUUCGAAAACUCUCGAUGAAAAGCUAUGUGAAGCUCAUGGAAGAUAUAAAUAUCAACGAGAAAAAGGAGGUCUGGACUGCCUAAAGGUCAUAUUCUUACCAAUCGGCACAUUCUUCGAGUUUCGGACAUUCAUGCUCCAGAAUUCUACGACUGCCUCCGCACAGCUUAAGCUACCAAAAGUUUUGAAAAAGCCCGAACUGCUGCGAUUCAUGCUGAGCAAAAGCGGUUUGCUAAACAGUCCGGAAAGACGCGGCAGCAAGGUGUAGUUUCAAACGCCAGAAUGGCAUAAGGUGAACUAAACCACAUUGCUUCCUGACGCUCAUACAAAAAGAACCAUUAACUGUUUCCAUUGUAAGUCGGCACUAGCAUAAUAUGUUUUUUUGAACGUUUGUUCUUUUACUUGUUGAUCUUAAUCUUCGACGAUAUUUAAUAGUUUGGGCAGUUUUUGCCGUUACGAGUAGGAAAAAGAAUAAACUUGCAGCAGUA